AUGGAUUUAGGAGAUGAAAACGACUUAUCUGAAGAAUACAAGCAGAUGAAGUCCAUAAUUAGGAACAUGUUCUUGAAUUUUAUAAAAACCGGGAAACCAGUACCAGAGAAUUCUUCUUAUCCACCGUGGCCACCUGUCAGUUCUGGAGCAGCUCCCUACAUGUCACUGAAUACUACGCCUAAAUUAAUAAAAAAAGAUUUAUUAAAAGAACGUUCCAAGCUGUGGGAUGAAAUCUAUAAAAAUCACUUUAAACAUCCAAUUCCUCCCACACCGUAA